GGAAGAGCAGGAGCAGCACUGUCCAGAACGAGUGGAAAAAUCAGGAGGCUGAAGAGGAGUGUACAGAGGACGGAGACGGAAAGAGAAAGAGAGAGAAAGAGAGAGAAAGAGCCUGAGAGUGUGCAUGAAAAACUGGGACUGAAAAGAAGUUUUUUAGCCUGAAAAACAAAAGGAGAAGAAGAAGAAGGAGGGGGUUGAAGCAAAGAGGGCCCCAAUAUUCAGAGAGACAUCAGGAUGUCGACGCCGCCGUCAGAAAACAGCUCAGAAGAUGACUACAAUCGCAGCUUCUGGAUGCCUGGGAACUAUCAGCGCACUGUGAAGCGAACAGAGGACUCCUUCCAGGCCUGUAAUGACAUCGUGGCAUGUUUCCAAGAGAGAGCUCGCGUGGAGAGGCAGUACGCCCAGCAGCUCAGCGAAUGGAGCAACAAGUGGAAGCCAGUAGUGGACUCCAGUCCACUGUACGGAUCUCUCCUGAAGGCUUGGCAGUGCUUUCUAUCCUCCGCCGAUCGGCUGACCUCCUUACACGCCUCCAUCUGUCGCUCCCUGGUGUCGGAGGAUGGAGACCGGGUCAGGACCUGGCAGAAGGACACGUUCCACAAGAAGUUAUUUGGAGGCUUCAAAGAGUCCCAGGACACCGAGACGGGCUUUGCACGUGCUCAGAAGCCUUGGGCCAAACGACUUAAAAAGCUGGAUAAAGCCAGGAGGGCGUACCACAAGGUGAGCCGUAAGGAGCAAGCGGCCAGGGAGCGAGAGGAACACGCUCAGGGAAACCCGGACGUUGCCAUCGAGAAACAGAAGAAGAUCCAGGAGGAGAGAGAGCUGGCUCAGCAGGAGGCCGAGAAGGUUCGUGCCCGCUAUGAGAAAGUCCUGGAGGAGGUGAACCGCUACGCUCCUCGCUACAUGGAGGAGAUGGAGUCCAUCUUUGACCAGUCGCAGGAAGAGGAGCGUAAAAGGAUUCUCUUCCUUAAACAGGCUUUCCUUUCCAUCCACAAGCACCUGGACAUUACCAACAAUGAGAGUGUGAGAGCAGUGUAUAACGAGAUCCACAACACACUGAUGGCCAUCGACGAGCAGGAGGACCUUCGCUGGUGGAAAAACACCCACGGGCCCGGCAUGCCUACCGACUGGCCUCACUUUCAGGAAUGGACGCCCGAAAAGAAAGCCAAAAAAGGGAAGAAAGAAGUCGAACAGAAAGCAACGAUAGAGAGAAGUGCGAUGAUUGGAGGAGUGAAAGUAAGAGCUCUGUAUGAUUAUGUUGGCCAGGAGACGGACGAACUUUCCUUUAAAGCAGGUGAGGAGUUCUUGAAGGUAGAGGAUGAGGAUGACCAGGGUUGGUGUCGGGGGAUGAAGGACGGCGGCUGGGAGGGGCUUUACCCAGCCAACUAUGUGGAGGUGGUGUAGUUACGGCAUGUAGACUGAACAUGAUAAAGAUCUUAUUGAUUCACACACGCUAUAUUUAACUGUGGGGGUCACAAAUAUGUUUUAAAAGUAUGAAAAACAUUAAAACAACAACAACAACAACAAUGCUGUAAAGAACAACACCAAGUAGCUGUUAGCCAAAGAUCUGUGAUGAGAGUUUGAUCACACAUACAGAGAUUUUUUUUUUUAAAUUAUCCACGUUGUGUGAUCUCAUGAAGGAUUUUGACAAAUGUUUUAAUAUAUACAGUAUGCAUAGACCACUUGUAUUGAAGCUAUAUGAUACACAAUGCUUUAAUGUAAAGUACAGUAUGCUGGACUCUAAAGGUACACUAUAUAACUAACCAUUUGGUGCUAAAAUUGCAUUACAGUACAGGACUGCUUUUUUUUCUUUUUGUUCUUUUUUGUUUCAUUUUUUUGCACCUCAAGCUAUUAAAAAUGUUCACAAAGCUUCACCACAUAAGAAGAAAGUGAUGCUAAUAAUGUGAUUAUUAUUAAUCCCGAGCAGCCUUACAAGUGGAGAGACUGAUAGAUCUAAAUAUGACCUGCGUUUCUCUUCUGUUUUUGUGGUUUAAAGGAACAGGCUGAAAUGACGAGGAAUGUGGUUGAUUGCUGUCAGAUAGCUGCACAGUGAGAUGAGAAGAUAUCAGAUUCAUCAGUGUGGGGGAAACUGCUGGUGUAGUGCUAUGAACAGUGAAAAACAUACAAUCCAAGAACUCCAAAUGCUGUCUUUGUGUUAACUUAGAACUUUUUAUUAGAACAUACUAUGAUCUGUCAGUGUGUCAUUUGUUGAUCUUGGCUCAUAGUGAUGAACCUACAGAGAAUUAUUAGCGAUUCUGCAGCUCCUCGCACCUUUACUGAGCUUCAUAGUGAGUUUGAGCUCAUAGGUUAGCUGUCCGAUAGCAACUUUACUGUUUUGGUUCACUCUAAGUGCUCUCAUAGUGUUGUUUUUGGCUCCAGAAGGCUCCUGUUGUGUAAUGAAACACUUUAAAAAGCCUCUGUACACUACCUGCUCAGCACCAAAAUGCUUGGUGAACUAGCUGGUGAACACAGGGGAGCAUUUAGCACCUAAGGAGCCACAUAUUUCCCUCAGGAGUUGGUAGAGUGCAAAAACAGAGCUAAAAGAGAGAGAAUAUUUGACUUAAAUUCACCAGGUGGACCGAAACAAAACUCCCAGUGAAUGAUAAUGUUGCUCUGUGACUGCUGGAUGUGGAAAUAAGCAACUUUUUUCUCACCAAAUCAACUUAAAAGGUGAUAAUAUCUCAGUGUUGUGUUUUCAAAUUGUUCCUGCUGCCCCCAAGUGGGCAAAAAAAUCACUUAAUGCAGGUUUAAAGUGGUUAUAAUCUCUAUAUCUUUUAUUAACUAUGGAUUAUGUGUCUACUUUUAUGUGAGUGAGGGCUUAGAGUAACAAACCCAGAGAGAACUAUCACCUGAUUUUGCAGUUCACUUUAGCUCCACAGAGCUUUAUAGCUUCUUUCAGCUCAUUGAUUUGGUUUUCCAGCCUGCAAUUUUACUCUUUUAGAUCUCUCUCAUAGUGUUUAUUUUUGGCCACAACUGGCAGCUGUUUUCAGUGGAAAACCUUCAAAAAUAAAAUCCACUAUACCUGCUCUGCACCAAACAAACAACCAGAUAAAGUUAUCAACUAUCUGGUGAACAUAUUGGAGCAUUUAGCAGUUAAUAUAUUUAUCUCAGGAUUUAGUGCAAACCAAAAAAUAGCUAAGAAAAGAAUUAUAAGACUGGAUAAAAGACAAACGUUAACCAUAUCAGUUUAAAAGCUGAUAGUAUGUCAGUAUUAUGUUUACAGCUUAUUUCUUCUGUUCCAAAGUUGCCAAAUAUCAGUUAUUGUAGAUUUAACAAUUUUCACAGACCCACUGACUGCACGCAACAUCUUAACCAUCCUGUCUUAAAUCUCCUUUGAAGCAAACUUUAGACUUUUGAAUGUAUUGACAACAAGAUUAGCCGCUAAAAAAAAGACGUAUAACAUACCUGUUGAAGAGACUGACAGGCUGGCAGGUGUCAAAAUCUUAUACUGGCACACAAAUCUACUACGAGUCAGUAUAUAAAGUAUAUUAACAGUAUGUAUUCUUAAUGUUAGAUUACAAACUUUGUAAAUAGAUAAAGGUUGCAACAUAACCUCCUUGAGAGAACCAUGGUAUAAUCACAAUAAUGCACUCUGAGGCAUACCAAUAUGGAGAAUAAUGGCAUCCACAUCAUCCUAUAUAUGUUCUUAUACUAAGACACCUUAUUUUGCAUUAUCACUUCAUGUCUAAAUAAGGCACUUUGGAGAUCUUGGAGGGUGUAUUUUUUCAAUUUUGAUAUCAAUGUCAGGAUUUUCCCCCCUUCUUCUAUUCUGUGCGGAGCUGGGACUUAUUUCCACAGAGCAUGUUAAAGUGGGACUUUAAUGUGACUGAGAUAAUCUUAGCCACAAGAUGCUUUUCACAAACAGGGCCCAGGUCUGAACAUGCCCCAGAUAUAACAUUAUCUCCGCACAACAUUUUCAGAGAUGAAACUGAUAUCAAUCUUUUUCUUCAGGUUCUCGGUUUGACGCCAAAAACACGCAUAUAUAAUUUCAGACUGUUCCUUUAAAGAUAAGUUCAUGGGGAACAAGUAGCUUUCCUGUCUGUCCGUAAUAUCAAAUCAUCUGUUUCUAUUUCUAUAUGUAUGUAUGACGCCUAUCACAGAGAGUAUCUUUACCAAAGUAAUGACCUUAGCCUUAUUCAGUAUCUGUGUAUGUGCUGUGUGUUUAUGCUUUUCCCUCCAAAAAAAAACAAAACAAAAAAAAAAAAACCCUCUUGUGGCAAACUGCCUGUCUUUUGGAAAUAAAAACUGAAACUGUU